AUGUCGGCCAAGGUGGUAACCAUCGUGGUGUUGGUGCUGCUGCUGUACGAAAAGGCUGUUCUGACAGCCAGCGGUCGGCCAAGCUUCGCCAGCAUGGUGGAGGAUCAGCCAGGUACCCUUGGCCAGGCGGCAACGCUGCUGCUGGAAAGCGGCACCGUCGCGGCUCAGCAAAACGAACUAGAUACACCACCGUUGAAGGCAGUCAUGGAGCACGCCGAGAGGAACGCUUUAGAGGCUUCGGCCAAUGGCAAUAACGCCACGCAGCAGCAACAAUUCAUAAUUGCAGCGAACAUAAUUAAAAUCAACGACACCACCACCGAUAGCAAUUCCACCGCUAGCACCGACAUAAUGGUCCUGUGGAGCAAAUACGUUCACCGGUCGCGGUACGUGCUGCCGGUGGAUCCGCAGUUUGUGGCCAAAAUUAAUCCUUUCUGGCUACAGUUCGAUCCACCGACGGCGGGCGAACACUACGGGCUGGCCGCCUUCUACUUCCUCAUGAUGCUGUUCGGCGUCGUCGGCAACGCGCUGGUUAUCUUCAUGUUCUACAGAUACCGUUCCCUGCGCACUCCGGCCAACUACCUGGUCGUCAACCUGGCCGUGGCCGAUUUUCUCAUCAUGCUAGAGGCCCCUCUGUUCAUCUACAACAGCAUACACCAGGGCCCGGCAUUCGGAUCGAUCGGUUGCACGGUGUACGCACUGAUGGGCGCCAUCGGUGGCACGGUGGCCAUCGGCACGCUGACGGUCAUCUCCAUCGAUCGCUACAACGUGGUCGUGUUUCCGCUCAACCCAAACCGUUCGACGACCAAGCUCAAGUGCUACAUUACGAUUGCGUUCACGUGGGCCUACGGGUUGCUGUUUGCCGGGUUGCCGGCCCUCGAGAUUGGCCUGAGUCGGUACACCGCCGAAGGGUUCAUGACCGCCUGUAGCUUCGACUACCUGGAUCGGACGCGCGAGGCGCGCGUCUUCAUGUUCGUGUACUUCGUGUUCGCCUGGCUUCUGCCGCUGGUCAUCAUUAGCUACUGUUACGCCAAAAUCCUAAUUGCGGUCAUCAACGCCAACGCCAUCCAGUCGAACAAGUCCAAGAACAAGACGGAGGUGAAGCUGGCCGGUGUGGUGGUCGGCAUCGUGGGCUUGUGGUUCAUCGCCUGGACCCCGUACGCCGUCGUCGCGAUGAUGGGCGUGUUCGGGUACGAGCGGUACCUGACGCCACUCAACUCCAUGCUCCCGGCCGUGUUUGCCAAGAUUGCGGCCUCCAUAGAUCCGUACUUUUACGCCAUGAACCAUCCCCGCUACCGGCAGAUGCUGGAGCGGAUGUGCUGCCAGCGGGCCGCGGGCGAACAGGGAGGCUCCCUGUAUCAUACCCAGUCGCACUACACGCGCGGUGCAUCACGGGGCAACGGUGACUCCGAGGCCGGCGAAGACCAGCGCACCGGUGGUGGUGGUGGUGUGGGGCAUCGUGCUUCGUACCGUGGCGGCACCACGAACCGGCAGUCGGUGGUAAGUAAGGGUCGAGCACACUACAGCACCAACAGUGUCCGGAUGACGGCCGCCAAAGGGACACUGGUGGAGGCUGUGGCAUCGUGUGCCAACGCGUCGGUGCCACUGAACAGACAAGCCUCCAUCGUGGACGAGUCUGCGCUGGAGGUUUCGCUGGAAUUAUAACAGCACGCCCAACGGGACGGAGCGGCCGUACAGCUCCUUCGAGUGACCGACAACUACGAAAACAGUGCCUUCUUGUAGCGCACCUCGUGGGGCGGCCGAUACAACCGACAGCGAACCGAGACGAGGCGCGCCAGAAAAUGGUAGACAAUUAGCCAGAGUGGCCAAACGACACCGAUGGUGGACGGUUAGGCUUGGGAAGUGGCCGUAUGCUGUGAGCUCAUUACGAUGUGGUUUCGGUGGAGUGAUGCCCGUGUUUUAACUGCAUCCUAACAGUGUGGUUUCCUUCUGCGCCAAACAUCUUACCGUGCGAGGCAAUUUGUAGGGUUCAACGGUCGACGGACAAUUACGCGACGAGAAUUAAAGGCUGAGUGGCAGAGAGGGCGAGGGCAGAAGAGGCACGGCAAACAGGGGUCCUCGCGCCGCAGUGACGAUGGCAAGAAAAUAAUUUUUUAAAUGCUUUAAAUCAAACCGGAGGAUGGUGGAGGUUCCAAAUGAAGGAGCAGUGCAUCAACACUAAAACUCAAAACGCAUGAUGAUGGAUUUCUCCUUCAAACCUUUCGCCCACAAACUGUCUGUGCAGUAGAGUCGGUAGAGUUGGAAUAAUAUUUACCAACGAACGUGUUUGCUCUGGCGUAAACUCGGGCUCGUUUACGAAAACAAACAAACAAACCGCGUGCGUGGCAAUUAAGUUUUUCGUUCAUCCAGUGCGUGGGGAGUAAAAAAAAACUCAAGAACACCGACCAUCGUGAUAAAGAGGAUUGUUUUCCAGUUUGGCCGCCGGUGGGGAACAGAUCAUAGGCGAGUCACUAUGGCUUCAGUUUCUCUUUGCUUUCGCAUUGUCGAACUACUUAGAAUGGCAGCAAGUUGCAGAGCAUUAAAAAGAGGCCGCUCGUGGUCAAAAGGUUUCGUAUAAUGUAAAAACGAGACAAGGACUCUCAAAACUUAGCUAUAAUGUAAAUCACGGCACAGGGUGAAUCGAUGAAGGUGAGCUUUGUCUGCUCGAAUUCGCAUUCGUGCUCGCCAUUCGGAGAGCGUACGGUGCAAGCUUGCAUUCAACUGUAGUAAGUUGCAUGCAAAGAGCACUUUUUAUUUGCGAACGAAUUAUAAACCAAAACACGUGCUGACAAACGAAUGGCCUGUUUUGGUUUUAUCUCGAAUAGUAGUAACCGUUUCGCUACGCUACCUUCACAAGAAGGUUUUUUUUGUGUUUACGUUCCACAGGAAGAGCGUGUGUUUUAUCAGAAGCAGUCAAAAACGUGCCUUGAUUUUGAACCAAUUGGCUGAAUCAUUCUGACCGUGCGCAUUCCGAAACCGUGAGUGUGACAUAAAUCUUCCAUACGUAAAGUGGAGUUUGAAACGUAAAAAUACUGUACUACUGUUUCAUGUCGUUUGGUUGUUUAAAGUAGACACCAAUGACCUUACGAAAGUGCGACCUGAGCUUAAGAGCGCGGAGCGUGAAAUGAAGCGGGAACGAGGCGAAGAAAAGCCGAAAGGCGAAAUGCGCUCCAACAAAGUACAAAACGCGCGGCGGGGAUUGGAUAGCGCUGAACGAGUCGUUGUAAUGUAGUAGCCGUAGUAGUGUUGUGAGCUGAUAAGAUGUUUUAUUUUUAAAUCAAAAAGCUAUAAAAAACCAAAAGACGUUAGCAAAAACGAAGCGUUCCCACCUACCGUGGGAGGGGGGGUGCAAUCGAAAUGGUGACACUUUCGAUUCCCUCACUGCAUGUUUUACGGUUUCUCUUCCACUUAUCGAUCCAUACCGACAGCAAAUCCGAUGUUAUAGAAUGAACGUUAAAGUUUAUGGCCCCAAACACGUUGUUACAAUAAAUGUACCGUCAGUUUCAGU